CCUGACGGGUCUCCAGCGUCGGUCCUCCGGGGAUGUCGUUCCUGGAGAAGCCGCCGGUCCCCGGCAGGCUGCUGCUGGACGACACGGUGCCGCUGACGGCGGUGAUCGAAGCCAGCCAGAACCUGCAGUCCCACACGGAGUACAUCAUUAAAGUUCAGAGGGGCGUGUCUUCAGACAACACCUGGCAGGUGAUCCGACGCUACAGUGACUUCGACAUCCUCAACAACAGCCUGAUGGUGUGUGGCAUCAGUCUCCCUCUUCCUCCCAAGAAGCUGAUUGGAAACAUGGACAGAGAGUUCAUAGCAGAGAGGCAGAAAGGACUGCAGGCCUACCUUGACUCCAUUACCCAGAAUCCCCUCAUCUCCACGUCUCUGAUUGUCAAGAAGUUCCUCGACCCAAACAGCUACUCUGCCAACUACACGGAAAUCGCCCUGCAGCAGGUCUCCAUGUUCUUCAGGUCGGACCCCAAGUGGGAGGUGGUGGAGCCGCUCAAAGACAUCGGUUGGAGGAUCAGAAAGAAAUAUUUUCUGAUAAAGAACAAAGAGCAGCCUAAAGAGCGCUACGUCCUGAGCUGGGUGGAUCUGGGUCCUGAUAAGUUCUUAUCUGACAAAGACCUGCAGUCGGCCCUGAAGCUGCUCACCAACCUGUCUACUCCGUAUCUCUGUCCUCUGGUGUUCUCCAGCACCAGCGAGUCUUCGGCUCUGCUCAUCCGAUCGUUCAGCGAGAGCGGCUCUCUGAGAGACCACCUCUGUAAGGUGAAGCCCCGAGAGAACUACCUGAAGAAAUACAGCAACCCAAAGAAAAGCCAGGGCCUGGAGCUGGAGCGGAUCAAACUGUACGGCCGGCAGAUCCUGGAGGGUCUGAAGCUCCUCCAUGACGGAGGCGUGUUCUUCGGCCACCUGCACGCCUCUAACGUGGUCGUGGAGGAUGGCGUGUGUCGGCUGGCGGACGUGGAGAACGGCGUUCUGGGAGUUCCGUCCGUGCUGCGGCCGGCUUUCAGCCAGUUCAGGAAGAUCAGCAGCACCGAGAGCAUCGACGUCUUCUGCUUCGGACAUCUACUGUACGAGAUGACGUACGGCCGACCCCCGGACGGCGUUCCCGUCGACCGGUUUCCCGCCGCCCCCUGCAGCUCCGUGGUGUCGGUGCUGCAGUCCAUCCUGUCCACAGAGGCCUGUAAGAGCGGGAUGCCAACGGUGUCGGCGCUCAUCCAGACGCCGCUCUUCAGUGACGUCCACCUCAAACACUCAGAGAAGCUGCAGAUCAAGGUUCCCAGCAGGUUGAAAGAGGCGCUGAAGACGGCUAAGGGCAGUCUGGAAAACAGGCUUCAUGAAGAACAGAGGAUGCUCCAUCAGCACCGGCGGCUGACCCGGGCUCAGUCCCACUACGGCUCCGAGGAGGAGAGGAAGAGGAGGAAGAUUCUGGCGAGGAAGAAAUCCAAACUGUCAUCUUAUGAAAAUGAAGAAGACGUUUCUGUGAGAAACAACAACAACUCUGGGUCUGGAGCCAGCUCUCCUCCCACCUGUCCCUCCUCGCCCACUCCUCCAUCCACUACAGGACCACACACGACACCUCCUCCUCCACCUCCCCCCGCUCCUCCUCCGAUGCUGGACUCGUCCUCCUGUCCUCCUCCGUCCUCCUCGGACGGAGCGGGCGGAGACCGGGCCGCCCUGCUGAGCUCCAUCCAGUCCUUCAGCAAAGGCAAGCUAAAGAAGGCCGACACCGCCGACCGCAGCCAACCCGCCGUCUGACCCCGCCCACAACGCGGGGGGUGGGGCCAACGUCCCGCCACCUCUGCACUGUGCCCCCCCACUUCCCCUGGAGAUGUGAAAAACAAGAAGAAAUCCAAGUACCUGUUUUUAUCAGUUUUCUGCUUCUUUUUAAACAUUUUAACUUGCUGCUGCAGAGAAAGAGACAUGAAGACGUCUCCGUCCGUCUUCAGCUGUCAGACAAUCUUCAGUACCGCAGGGUCAGCGUCUUCUUCUCCAAACAGAUCAGAGCUGGAAGAGUCUGAGUCUGUUGAGCUUUUCUUUGUUUCUGAGCUUUGAGACGUUUCAAGUAGCAGCUGGACUCUUUAGGUCCUGAUCUGGAUUCAGGGUCCUGCUGGGUGAUGGACCCUUAUGGGAUAAAUCUUGUGUCAGCAGGAACUGAAUCUGAAUCACUCGGAUUGAAUCUGAAUGUUCAUAAUUUGAAACUGAGUUCAUUGGUUUGAAAAUAAAGUUCACUAAAUUGAAACUGUAUUUUGGUUUAUU